UAGUGGUCUCUUCUGCAUAAGCUUGAUCCAUAGCUUGGGCUGCUUUCUUCCUCCAGUUAUAAAUUGUCUGCCUCGGCAAUUUAUUAUUACUGUGCAACACACGGUAACUCUUCCUUUUUCGUGGUCCUGCUGAACCACUGCUUUCGAGUUGUUGAUCCAUUUUGGUCCUUUUAUUAUCAGAAGGAAACCAAAAUGUAGAUCAGUAUAUAUGCUAUAUGCACAGGCAAACUCAAAACCAAAACAAUAAUCCAUACGCAGAUUCGUUCAUAUGGAAGCCCAGGCAGAAUGCACGAACAACCAGCGCGCGCUUUCUAGGUAAAUUAAUUUAGCGGGCAAAGCGUUGCACACACAGAAGCCAAUCAGCGUUGAGUGUCGAUUUGGUCUCCAGACGCCACCGCAGACCGCACACUACUGCAUUGCUUCCUUACCUCACGAUCGGUAAUUUCAUUAUUGUUGUCUCGCACUCUGUUCCGGCUAAAAUAUUCGCCGAAAUCACUCUUGAGAUCAAAACAACGAGAUAGUCGUGACAGUGAAUGUAGAAGAAAACGGACUACAUCUUCUUAAUAAUAAAUUACCGACUCUUGUUGGAAACACAAUAAGCAAGGUUGCUCCAGUUAAACUUUUAAUCAUGACGAGCCAAUCUCGACCUUCACCAGAGAAGGCUAAUCAAGAAGGACGUAAUUACGUCGUUAUUGAAUGGUUCCAGUCGAAAAAAACGCAAGUUUGUUUGGUUGACGAAGUAAACAAUAUGGAUGAUCCCCCAAAAAAAGGAACCAAGAAGUACAACGUGAUUUCUGGAAAAGAUAAAAGUGGCAGGCUUGAAACAAAACCAGCUCUGAUUUUACAUGGCCCAGGCACUUUUUGUGAAAUGCAAGAGAUGGAAAAAUUGAGGAAACUUGACGCUGACUGUGUUUUCCCUGGAGAGAGACCCAAAAGGAUCCGAAGGUUGCCUGCCAAAAAUUUAGAAACUGCCGAUGAGGAAGAUAGACCGAGAUCUCCGUCAAAGAAAAUGGGGAAAAAAGCGCAUGGAACCAGUAACAUGCAAAUUGAUCUGUUAAAUGCAAUAUCAAGAGCUAAAGAGGUGAAUUUGCCAAGCGAUGAAGACGAAAACAACACCUCUCUUGAUGGUCCAGGAGCCACUCAAGAAAAUCUGGGCAAAGAACGCAAGAAAGCGAGCAAGAAAUGCAGUACUCAAGAGAAAAGGGCGCCAAAGACGAACACUGUGACUAAGACUGGAGCUGCUAAUAAGGACACCACCACCCAGAAAGUCAAUAUUCACAGUUCCCAAGAGAGGAGCAGGCCUCUGGCCAAAUCCGCUGGUUCCAUGAGGCUGGACGGAGGUCGUGGAAAUAACAGGCCGACUGCUGGAUCGUCUAAGAUGCCUGAGAAAGGAAAGGAGAAGGUUCAGUUUACUGAGAGUUUAGCAGCAGGAACCGGUGAUGGAGAAGAUAGCGACACCUCUUUUGAUGGUCCAGGAGCAACCCAAGAAAAUGUGGGCAAAGAAAGCAAGAAAGCAAGCAAGAAAUACAGUACUCAAGAGAAAAGGGCGCCAAAGACGAACACUGUGACUAAGACUGGAGCUGCUAAGAACACCACCACCCAGAAAGUCAAUAUUCACAGUUCCCAAGAGAGGAGCAGGCCUCUGGCCAAAUCCGCUGGUUCCAUGAGGCUGGACGGAGGUCGUGGAAAUUACAGGUCGACUGCUGGAUCGUCUAAGAUGCCUGAGAAAGGAAAGGAGAAGGUUCAGUUUACUGAGAGUUUAGCAGCAGGAACCGGUGAUGGAGAAGAUAGCGACACCUCUUUUGAUGGUCCAGGAGCAACCCAAGAAAAUGUGGGCAAAGAAAGCAAGAAAGCGAGCAAGAAAUGCAGUACUCAAGAGAAAAGGGCGCCAAAGACGAACACGGUGACUAAGACUGGAGCUGCUAAUAAGGACACCACCACCCAGAAAGUCAAUAUUCACAGUUCCCAAGAGAGGAGCAGACCUCUGGCCAAAUCCGGUGAUUCCAUGAGGCUGGACGGAGGUCGUGGAAAUUACAGGUCGACUGCUGGAUCGUCUAAGAUGCUUGAGAAGGAGCAUGACGAAGAUGCUGACAGCACAGAUCAUCGUGAAGUUGAGACACAUUCAUCCGAAGAAAGACGGCGUCAGAUUCAAAGAGAGUGGUCAUCUGAUGGCCUUUUUUCUGAUUGGGAUGACGCUGUCGUUCAAGGUGAGAGCAGUCACGAGGUUGACCCUUUACCAUCAAGGUCGUCUCAGUUUGUGGGUAAAAAACCAAGUCUGGCCAGUGAAGACCGAUCUUGUUGCUGCUCAGUGGAAAUGCUACAGUUAAUUCACGUGCUGGAUAGCAAAAUUGACCUGCUCCUUAAGUCCAGUGCUGCUAUGAGAGGAACGCAAGCUGCUUCCGAUGAACCUGAUUUGCUACAGAUUGUGUGCAACAAUUACAACUACAUCGGCAAUGGCUACGUGCUCCUGAGAGGAAGAUACGCUUCGGUUGAUAUGUACACGAGUCAGCGUCCUGCGAGAUUUGUCACUCAAAUGACAAAGGCCGUGUUUGGAGAUGACAUUUUGAGCAGGUCCCGUCUGAAUGCUGAGCGAGGAGACUUCCUUGCACUUGACUGCAAGCUCGUUGAGUGCAUUUUCCUAAGCCAGAGAGCGUACUGCGAGAUGAACAAUCUCACCCCACUGACUAUGGCAGCAACCAGAAGAAUCGUUUCGAAUGUUUGUCAGCGUGCUAAUCCCAACACAAGUGUGUGGACCAGCCAUGGCUAUCGACAGUUGACAGAAGUUGUUCCCACUGCUGACUGUGAUGAUGCUAGCCACACAGACACAGAAUGAUCCGCAGCUUAUGAGGUGAGAAGUUACUCCAAAAAGUUUAUUUUUGUAUUUUGAAAAUCGGUAUCAAUAAAAUACAGCAAUUUAGGUUCCUAAAAAUGCAAAUUUUAUUCAAAAUAUUGCCAUUUAUGGUUUUCAAGCAAAGCUGUUUCAUAUGUUUAAGCAAUAUUAUCGCUCAAUCUUAUUUAAUAAUUUUAAUUAAUUUAUUCUUUAAUUAUUUUCUCGUUUGCAUUUCAUGAGUUCAUUAAUUUUGGAAUUUUCUGUAAGAGCAAAGACACCUAAGACAGGCAAAAACUUUAAAGCAGCAAAACAUUUCCUUUUAUUGAGA